AUUUCAAUUACAGGGCGAACCAGAUGAGAAGGAUGGAGGGAUGUUAAACUGGGCUGGUAAAAAUAUGAGGAUGUGUUUUAUGCCUCAGCAGCCACUACAUUAUAGUACUGUACAAUAUGUGACAAAUUUAUUUAUGGAAAGUCUAUUGUCUUGUUCAGCCAAUUUAUCAGCAGAAUCUAGAAUUAAAAUAUUUGGAAUCUGGUUUGCUAUCA